AUGCCGCGCCCUCACGCUCCCCUCUCCGCACUCCCGCGCCUUUGCGCCGUCAUCCUCUGCGCUCUCGCCGCUGUUCGCCCCGCGGCCGCUGCCGGAAUUCCCGCCACAGAUGUCGCGGCGCUUCUCGCCUUCAAGGCCGCCGUCACCAACGACUCGCUCGGUGCGCUUGACACGUGGAUUUACGGCCCCAACGCUUGCGCGUUUAAUGGCGUGUCUUGCAGUGGGACGGAACCAGACCGCGUCUCUUCGAUUACCCUGUCGCAGAUGUUCAUAGAGGGACAGCUUACAUCGGAUCUCGGAAAUCUGGACCAAUUGGAGCGGCUGGAGCUGGAUGGUAACCAGUUUUCGGGCGACAUUCCCGACGAACUUAGCCUCCUGACGAAACUAAGCGUGCUGAACUUGGCGCAGAACAGGCUAACUGGGCAGUUGAAAGAGAUCAUGUCAGCACUCGUCGGCCUCCACUCCCUCUCGCUCUUCUCGAACCUCCUGACCGGUAGCCUGCCCUCACAGAUUUUCAAACUGCCCGACCUUGAGUUGAUUGACGUCAGCGACAACCAGCUGAUUGGCGGACUGCCCGGAAAUGUUUUCCGUUUCGCGACAGCCCUGACAUCCCUUUCCGUGGGGGUGAACAGCAUGUCGGGGCCGAUCCCAAGCACGGUAUCCGCCAUGUCGUCGCUCGUGUCGCUCGACCUCCGCGCCAACAAGUUCUCCGGCGCGCUUCCUUCCGCCCUCGGCCGCCUCCCCCGUUUAGAGUACCUCGAUAUAACAGUGAACCAGUUCACUGGUGGGAUUCCCGGCAGCUUUAAUAAUCUUGACUCGAUACAAGCUCUUAUUAUGGCGGACUGCGGCUUAUCGGGCCACAUCCCUUCGACUUUCUUCACGGGCCUAUCAGACACCCUUCAAGUCCUCGAUUUGGGCAUAAACGCGUUCACAGGCAGCAUUUCCCGCUUCGCUACACUGACAGAAGCCAUCUAUAUCGAGCUAUCCGAUAACGAGUUCACGGGGGGCAUCUCGUCCGCGUUCGGGUCGCUGCCGAAGCUGCAGCAGAUCGGCGCCUCCAACAACCAGCUCACGGGCUCCCUGCCGUCCGCCCUCGCAAACGCGCCGAGCCUUGGGAGCAUCCUCUUCGACGGAAACCGACUGACAGGCAAGCUGCCGUCGGCGUUCAGCUGUGCGAAGCAGGGGCUGAUGGCGCUCUACCUGGGCGGCAACCAGCUGCACGGCGCCAUCCCCGCCUCCCUCGCCGGCUGCAAGGACACGCUGUACCAGCUCGACCUCUCCAACAACUCCUUCUCCGGCGCCAUCCCCUCCGCGCUCGGCCACCUGGCCGAGGUGCGCAACUUCUCACUGGCGCACAACAACCUGUCGGGCAGCAUCCCUGCGUCGCUGGCGGGCAUGCGCAGCAUGGAGGUGCUGGACCUCGCCUCCAACCACCUGCACGGCCCCAUCCCCGCCGCGCUGGGCCAGCUAGAUGGGCUGCACGAGGUGCACUUGCAGGGCAACGACCUGUCUGGCCCGCUUCCCUCCCAGUGGGCUGCCUUCGCCGUGGCGUCCUUCACUCCUGGGAACACGGGACUGUGCGGCGCUCCUUUGCCUGCUUGUGCUGCAGCGAGAAGGCUCCUGGCUCUUGCAUAG